AUGGACUUCAAUAGCUCGUCGCCGUAUCCCGAGGGGGUCAUUUCCUUCCUGGACACGGACCUGUACAAGCUGACGAUGCAAUGCGCCGUCUUCAAGUUCUUCAAGGACGUACCCGUGACUUAUGCCUACACGAACCGCACCCCCGACAAGCGCCUGUCAAGGGCCGGCUUCAGGUGGCUUGACGAACAAAUAAGAAAGCUUGGCAACAUUUCGCUCUCUGCCGACGAGUAUCGGUUCCUGCAGACACACUGCAAGUACCUCGCCCCCGACUACCUCGAGUAUCUGAAGGAUUUCCGACUGCGGCCUCGACAAGAAGUCUUUGUGACGUUCACGCCCGGCGGCGAUGACACGGGCGCCGACUCCGACAUUGGCGACAUUGACAUAAAGAUCCAGGGAACAUGGUCUGGAACGAUUCUUUACGAGAUACCGCUCCUGGCGCUCGCCUCCGAGGCCUACUUUCGCUUCGUCGACACCGACUGGAACUACGACGGCCAGGAGGACCAGGCCUUUGCCAAGGGAAUGCAGCUGCUCGAGGCCGGAUGCACAACGUCCGAAUUUGGCACUCGCAGGAGACGCGACUACCAUACCCAGGCCCUGGUGUUCCGGGGCCUCGUCAGGGCGUCCAAGGAGGCUGCCGCGAAAGGCUUCCCCGGAAGAUUGUCGGGCACGAGCAACGUUCAUCUGGCCAUGCGAUUCGGGAUCCCACCUGUCGGGACGGUGGCCCACGAGUGGUUCAUGGGCACCGCGGCCAUCAUCGGUGACUACAAAAAGGCCACCGAGGAGGCGCUGCGGCACUGGGUCAGCUGCUUCGGCACGAAUCUCGCCAUUGCCCUGACGGAUACGUUUGGCACGCAAGAGUUCCUCCGGUCAUUCAGCCUCCCGAUCCGGCCCGUCAACGGCGGCGCCUCACCCGACGUCUUUCAGAAGCCCGACGGCAGCAGCAAGACGUACGCCGAGCUGUUCAGCGGAGUGCGGCAGGACUCUGGCGACCCCGCCGAGUACGUCAAGAUGAUGCGGGCGUACUACGAUGAGCAGGGCAUCACGGACAAGAAGACAAUCGUCUUUUCAGACUCGCUCAACAUUGAAAGUUGCUUGGAAUACAAGCGAAUCGCUGACGAGUAUGGGUUCGAGCCCACCUUUGGCGUCGGGACUUUCUUGACAAACGACUUUACCCAUCUCAAGACGGGAACAAAGUCUGUGCCCUUGAACAUUGUCAUCAAGCUCAGCUCAGCGGCAGGGCGAGCGGCCAUCAAGAUCAGCGACAACGCCGGCAAGAACACGGGAGACAAGGAGGUUGUAGAGCAGGUAAAGCGCGAGCUCGGCUACGUGGAGCGCGCGUGGGAGGAGGGGGAUGAAACGUCGCGAUGGGGUAAGGAAGAUGCCAAAUAG